GGUGGUUGUUUGGUGCUCUCUGAUAUGACGAGAGACUGGAUUUCUUCUGAGAAUGUGCCACCUUCGACCUUGGUUUAUUUUCUGGGCCUAACCUAAAGCAUCAAUCAACAUUGUUCAUGUUUGAGGCCAAUCAAUGUCCCCUGUAGAUGGAACUCCAAUGAACAACAACAGAGGAAACAGGGGACUAUGCCGGCCUUCCCCUGCAACCAGUUCACGGAAAAUGAGUACGACAACAAUUUCAGAAGCUCCUAUUACGAAUUCUCGCGACACGCCUGCUCACCUGAAACUGUUAGCUUAGAACCCAAUUCAUAUGGAAGCAUCAAGUUAUCCAGGGAUGAUUUUGAACUCAAUUCUCCAGCAUCUCCUGUCGUCUCCCCUGCCUCUUCACUCUGUGAAGAACCAGGGACAAGACCCGGAACAAUGGAAGAAGAGGAGGCAGACCAGGAGGAAGAUGAAGUCAUGAGUUCUUAUGUGAUCGAAAUCAAUUCUGAAUACAGAGAAGGGACUAAUGAAGCCGUUUCUAUUGCUGAAGCCAUUGCAUGGGCAAAGGAGAAGUAUCAGACACAAAUUUCCCCAAGGCAACAUGAAGAGCAACACUCUGUUGAAGCAGAAGGGAAGUCAAGUGCUGUUGGAGAUCAAUCAUUUCACCAAACUGAUGGGAACGUGACAGGGAAAUUUCCAUUGUUGGAAGCAGAACAGAAAAUAUGGAGAUCAGAAGAAGAAAAGAACCGAUCAAAAGAACGGAUAGAAAUGGAGUCGAUGGAUGAAGACAUAAAGCUAUGGUCAUCUGGAAAAGAAAACAACAUCAGAUUGCUCCUUUCAACAUUGCAUCAUAUUCUAUGGCCUAACAGUGGGUGGCACGCAGUUUCUCUGACGAGCCUUACAGACAGCUCACAGGUGAAGAAAGCUUAUCAGAAAGCAAGAUUAUGCCUUCACCCAGAUAAACUGCAACAGAGAGGAGCUACACACUUGCAGAAAUAUGUUGCAGACAAGGUCUUCUCUGUUCUCCAGAAUGCUUGGGCUGCAUUUGGCUCCCAAGACGUGUUCUUCAGAUAGGUCAAACUUCUGCUACCUCGAGAGAUGCCUUCAUUCCUGAUACAGGAUUGGGUGUACUGAGCUAUACAUAUAAAUAUAUGGUUUUGUUUUCAUAAAAUGUAUCAUAGCUUGUAAUAUCCUCUGACCCUCUUUUUAUUUCAAGUUUUAACAAACAGAAUAUUUUGAGAUUAGGAAGUACCCUCUUCUUUUGUAUUAAGUGGUUCCAAAUAUUAGUGAUGAAAUCAUCUGAUG